AUGCCUGAUGCUUCAGAACAUGAUGAACUCUUUGCAGGAAGACGAAUACUGGUGAAUGGCCCUGUCAUCGUUGGUGCAGGGCCGUCAGGUUUAGCAGUGGCAGCUGGCCUUCAACAGCAAGGUGUUCCAUUCAUAAUACUUGAAAGGGCCAGCUGCAUUGCCUCUCUGUGGCAAAACAGAACGUAUGAUCGCCUUAAACUUCAUCUUCCAAGACAAUUCUGUGAACUUCCCUAUUUUCCAUUUCCCAAAGAAUUUCCAGAAUACCCCACCAAGAAUCAGUUCAUUGACUACCUUGAAUCUUAUGCUAAACACUUUAAAAUUAGCCCGAGGUUUAAUGAAUCAGUACAAUCUGCUAAGUAUGAUCAGAAGUGUGGUUCAUGGCGAAUCAAGACUGUCGUUGCAAGCGAUAAUUCAGAGAUCGAGUAUAUCUGCAGCUGGCUGGUGGCAGCAACGGGAGAGAAUGCAGAGAAGGUGGUUCCAGAGUUUGAAGGCUUACAAGACUUUGGCGAAGUCAUGCAUGUUUGUGACUAUAAAUCAGGCGAGGCUUAUGAAGGAAAACGUGUGUUGGUGGUCGGUUGUGGCAAUUCAGGCAUGGAGGUUUCACUUGAUCUCUGCGACUAUAAUGCAAUGCCAUCCAUGGUAGUUCGAAGCUCGGUUCAUGUCUUGCCAAGGGAAAUUCUAGGACUAUCAACAUUCCAACUAGCAGUAUCAUUCAUGAAAUGGCUACCCGUUUGGCUUGUGGACAAGAUAUUGGUCACUGCAACAAGGUUGAUUCUGGGAAAUUUGGAGAAGUAUGGUAUAAAAAGGCCAUCUACAGGUCCUCUGGAGCUCAAGAAUGCUGAAGGAAAAACCCCUGUUCUGGAUAUUGGGACACUUGACAAAAUUAGAUCUGGUAAGAUCAGUAUUGUCCCUGGGAUCAAGAAGUUCUUCAGAGGGGGGGUUGAGUUGGAGAAUGGAGAAUUUCUUGAAAUUGAUUCUGUAAUUCUGGCUACUGGAUAUCGCAGCAAUGUCCCCUCAUGGUUGAAGGAAAAUGAAUUCUUUUCUGUUGAUGGAUUCCCAAAAACUCCAUUUCCAAAUGGGUGGAAAGGAAAAGCAGGGCUUUAUGCAGUUGGUUUCACCAGGAGGGGCCUCUCUGGUGCAUCCUUUGAUGCCAUUAGAGUAUCAAAAGAUAUUGGCCAAAUUUGGAAACAGGAACUAAAACAGAAGAACCAAGGUGCUUUGUCCCUUGCAAAUAGAAGAACAUGCAAGUCAUAA